AUGAGUUCCCUCCUCUUCGAGUAUUUCACGUGCAGCCUCCACAAGGCAGAAGACACGUCAAUAGGCAAUGCAGCAAGGACUGCGGCACCCCUCCUGGUGGGCAUGCGUCCUACCCCAGCGGGCUGUUGCAACUCAGACAUGGUUGGGAUCGCGGGCGUGAGGCACGAUCAGAUGCUGCCAGUGAGCCCCGCGCAUUUCGCGUACCCCGCCGAGUCAACGCUCACUCUGCCGAAUGCCGUCACCUCUUUCUCGGCUACGCCGCCUUCCGUCACGGGCGGCCUCCUUGCUGCAGGGGCCGUGACCAUAGGCUCUCCCGAAGAGUCGGUGAGGUGUUUCCUCCCCCUCGAGUUCGCUGGGGUGCCGUCUUCCAGCUGUGCCCCCCCGAGAGCAGCCCAGGUGGUGUGUCUGGCUCGCCCUUUCCGUGUCUUCCGGGGGUGUUUGUCCCGGGGGGUGGGCAGGGGGCCCCGGGAGCGCCGGGUGUUUGCUGGACGCUGA